AAUCAUUCACGAGUGCAAAUGUCGUGAAUAUUUCCCCAUCGGGCGCCGUAGGAAUCAGUAAACACGUUUUUUACAAAUCCCAGACUGGAUACAUAAAAAUGGGAUGAGCGGAAGCGGAUUUUUUUGGUGAAACAAUAAGUGCAACUGGAUUCCCGGUGUCUCAUGUGUCGAACCUGCUCCCUCGUACAACUUCCCAAAAAUUCCACCGGAUAUCAUAGAUGGAAUCGAUUUUACAUACCAUCAGGAAUUACUUCACGAACACAAGUUUUCAUGGAUUUCGCUUCGUGGGACAACCAGGUCGGCACUGGUCCGAAAGGAUCCUUUGGGCUGUGCUUUGCAUGUUGUCGUGGGUGGGCUCGGCCAUACUCAUCAACGCGUCUUGGUACGCCUUCCAAAACCACGCUGUGAGUUUUAUGGUCGAGACUACUUACCUCAAAGAAAACUCGACUUUUCCGGCGAUUUCUGUCUGCGAGGAUGACAACAUGGGUCGGAUUUACGAAGCGGCCGCUGUGAUGUUCGGCGAGGACCACGACUGCAACUUGGACGAAGUGUUGAAAGAGAUUACAUUCUUCAAAGGCACUGCUUACUACAUUAAAGAAUUUUGUACCUCGGGCGAUAUAGAAUGCCCUCUUAACGACUACUCCUCUAUAGCCGAACGCGUGAGAUCUUCUUGCAAAGAUUUAUUCGACACUUGCUUCUGGAUGGGGAAAGAAAUCGAUUGCUGCAAGCAUUUCAUGCCGUUGAACACCGAACUCGGCACCUGCUUCUCAUUCAAUCAGAUGAAUGAAAGAAAGCUGUUCAAAAUGAACGAUCCGGAGGCUAUAAAUACGGAAACGAAUCGUAAAACCGGCCUUCCGAAGCUUGUCAUCAAUUUGAAAGGUGCGACAAAGGUUUACCUCCAUUCGGAGAACGAUGUCCCGUUUUACAACACGAUGACCACGGACACGAUCGUCCCUGUCAUGAACAUGGUGAAGAACUACAGCAUAACGGUGACAGACACGGAGAACCCGGCCGGCGUGAGGGAUCUGACAGUCCAUCAGCGAAAAUGCAGAUUUGGAGACGAGAACUAUUUAAAGUCCGCAGAUUAUUACUCGUACAGUGCAUGUGUCGUGGAAUGCAGGAGGCAGGAGCAGCUCAGGCACUGCAAUUGCACUUCUCAUUUGAUGCCGAAAUCAGACCCUGCAGAGAGGUGCAACAUAACCGGUCUUCUUUGCCUUAAUAACAAUUAUGUCAACCUAUCCGUUCAAAAAACACCAUGGGGUAAAAAGGAUGGGCUAAUUUGCGAUUGUUUUCCGAACUGCAACGAACCUGAAAUUAACACCAUUACAGUUUUAAGCGAUUACAUCGAUGACAACGUGUCUUCUUUGGAAGUGGCGUUUUUCAGAUUCCCGAGUGAACGGUUUAAACGUAACGUUGUAAGGAGCCAUCUGGAUUUAGUUGUAUCCAUGGGUGGAGCGGCUGGCCUGUUCGUAGGUGCGAGCCUCCUCAGCUUUGUAGAAAUAUUGUACUUUUUCAUACUGAGGUCGAAAACUGAGCUGGACGGGGAAGAGGAAAAGAAAGAGAAUACAAACAAAUUAAAAACUCUGGAGAUCCGAGCAAAACCGCUGCCUUUACAAGAUCGUAACACCGUCAUUACAAGAAACGGCUAUCACACAAGUUCCAAUUAUAUAUCAUAAAAAAAAAACACUUGGAAAAUAAAAAAAUAGAUACAUUUUUAACUGCAUAGAAGACCAUUUUAUGAAUAAAAGUG